UAGUUUUCUUAGACCCUUAAUCGAGCUCAUCACUCCGGACUAUUAGAAUAAGGUAACGCCAUCUUUGGGGAAAAUGUCGAAGCGGCAUCGCAUAGACGUCGGUGACUCGUACAGCAGGAGAAGAGAUGAUGACCGAGACAAGAAGAGGGAAAGAUCACGGUCACCACACCGCACUGAUUCCAAAGAUGAAAAACAUAAAUCAAUAUUUGAACAGUUCAACAUUCCCAAACCACAACUACAGAUCAAUCCAUUCACAGGGUUACCACACACACCACGUUACUUACAGCUUCUUGCUAAAAGGAAGACAUUGCCGGUAUGGGAGUACAAAGAAAAGUUUGUAGAGGUGCUAAAUAAACAUCAGACGCUAGUACUUGUCGGAGAGACAGGGUCUGGAAAAACUACACAGAUUCCCCAAUGGUGUCUAGAUUGGGUGCGGUUACGAUAUAACAAGAAGGGCGUGGCAUGCACACAACCCCGUAGGGUAGCUGCAAUGUCUGUUGCACAGCGUGUAUCCGAGGAAAUGGACGUCGGUCUCGGACAGGAAGUUGGUUACAGCAUCAGAUUUGAAGACUGCACAUCAUCAAAAACCAUUCUCAAAUACAUGACUGACGGUAUGUUGCUAAGAGAAGCUAUGUCUGAUCCACUUCUUGAGAACUACGGUGUUGUCAUAAUUGAUGAGGCUCACGAACGUUCACUGGCUACAGAUAUUCUGAUGGGUCUAUUGAAGGAAGUGGCGAAACAGAGACACGAUCUCAAAAUUAUCAUUAUGAGUGCUACAUUGGACGCUGGUAAAUUUCAGAAUUAUUUUGACAAUGCACCAUUGAUGAGUGUACCUGGAAGAACGCAUCCUGUGGAGAUUUUCUACACGCCGGAGCCCGAGAGAGAUUAUUUAGAGGCGGCCAUUAGAACAGUGCUACAGAUACACAUGUGUGAAGAAAUUGAGGGAGAUAUUCUUCUCUUUCUUACAGGACAAGAGGAGAUUGAUGAAGCUUGUAAGAGAAUACAACGUGAAGUAGACAAUCUGGGACCAGAUGUAGGAGACAUGAAAUGUAUCCCCUUAUACUCCACCUUACCACCAAAUCUACAGCAAAGAAUCUUCGAACCUCCACCGCCAAACAAACCAAAUGGAGCCAUUGGUAGGAAAGUUGUUGUCUCCACUAACAUUGCUGAGACCUCGCUGACCAUUGAUGGAGUAGUGUUUGUGAUUGAUCCGGGAUUUGCAAAACAAAAGGUGUACAACCCUAGAAUUCGAGUUGAGUCAUUAUUGGUGACUGCCAUUAGUAAGGCGAGUGCACAGCAGAGGGCAGGUCGAGCCGGGAGAACAAAACCAGGAAAAUGUUUUAGACUUUAUACAGAAAAAGCGUUUAAGCAAGAGAUGCAAGAAAACACAUAUCCCGAAAUAUUGAGAUCAAAUCUUGGUUCUGUUGUAUUACAGUUGAAGAAAUUAGGAAUUGACGAUCUUGUGCAUUUUGAUUUCAUGGAUCCCCCAGCUCCGGAAACCCUGAUGAGAGCUCUGGAGUUGCUGAACUAUUUGGCAGCACUCGAUGACAAUGGUGACUUGACGGAAUUGGGGUCUAUGAUGGCCGAGUUCCCUCUUGAUCCACAGCAGGCUAAGAUGGUCAUAGCUAGUACAGACUUUAACUGCUCGAACGAGAUCCUCUCUAUAACUGCUAUGUUAUCAGUCCCGCAGUGUUUUGUGCGUCCUACGGAGCUACGGAAGGCAGCUGAUGAAUGCAAGAUGAGAUUUGCCCACAUAGACGGUGAUCAUCUGACACUGCUUAACGUUUACCACGCCUUCAAACAGAACCAAGAAGAUCCGCAGUGGUGUUAUGACAACUUUAUAAACUUCCGAUCAUUGAAGAGUGCGGACAAUGUACGUCAACAGUUGGCGAGGAUCAUGGACCGGUUCAACUUGAAGAGAAGCAGUACAGAGUUCACCAGUCGCGAUUACUACCUGAAUAUACGUAAAGCUCUGGUGUCCGGUUUCUUUAUGCAGGUGAAUAUUUACAAAAAAUUAUAAUUAUGAAGUCUAGUUUAUCAAAAUUGCAAAAAUUGUUA